AGAAUAGAAUAGAAUAGAGUAGAGUAGAGUAGAGUAGAGUAGAGUAGAGUAGAGUAGAGUAGAGAGGGAUACAGACGCAGACGCAGACGUGAGUGCGUGAUGUCGUCCCAGAUGGCCAAGUCGUCUGCGCAGCGUCUGAGUCGGGACCUGACGUGCUCCAUCUGCCUGGAGAUCUUCAAGCAGCCCGUAUCGCUGCCGUGUGACCACACCUUCUGCGAGGCCUGCAUCUCGGGCUACUGGGCGCGGCCCAGGGGUCACUCUCAGGGUCAAGGUCAAGGUCAAGGUCAAGGUCAGGGCAGCGGCGGUGGAUGCACGGGCUCCUGUCCUCAGUGCCGGAAGCUGUUCCCCGGUCAGACCUACCGGCGCAAUCGCAUCGUGGCCAACAUCGUGGAGAGCUACGUCCAGGGCCUGGAGGAGAGCGGCGCGGCGCUGGGUGUGAGCGUGAGCGGCAGCCCCAAGCCUGCGCCCCUGUGCGGACGGCACCGUGAGGAGCUGAAGCUCUACUGUGAGGAGGACCAGGAGCUGGUGUGUCUGGUGUGCGGCCUGUCACAGGACCACCGCACACACACACUCGUGGGAGUGCAGGAGGCUCAGCAGAGAUACAGGGCGUCUCUGAACAAUGCCAUGAGUGCCCUACAGGGGGAGCUGAACACUGCCUUAGAGUGUGAGCGAGAGGCAGAGCGAGAGGUCAAGAAACUCAAGGAGCACACUGCGGACCUGAAGCAGCGCAUCGAGGCCCAGUUCAGCGACCUGCACCAGUUCCUGUACCAGGAGGAGAAGCUACUGCAGGUCAAGCUGAAGACGGAGGAGCGGCGCGAGCUGAUCCGAUUGGACGAGCACAAGGCUGUGGUCAGCGUGGAGAUCUCCCGCCUGCGCUCUGCCCUGCAGGACAUCCAGGACAAGCUGCGCCAGCACGACCCCUUCACCCUGCUCAAGAACAUAAAGACUCUGCUCCAAAGGCAACCGCUGAAGUUUGAGAAGCCCACCCAUACGGCACCGAGCCUGUGUGAAGGACGCUUCGCCGGCCCGCUGCAGUACCGCGUCUGGAAGUCCCUGAAAGGCAGCAUCUACCCAGUGCCCUCGGCCAUCACCUUUAACUCCAGCACGGCUAACCCGUGGUUGAGCCUGACGUCGUCGCUGACGUGCGUUCGCUACCAGACGUUCAACAGCAGCGUGCAGGACAACCCCGAGCGCUUCAACGCGGCGCUGUCGCUGCUGGCCAGCCAGGGCUUCACGCACGGCCGGCACUACUGGGAGAUCGAGGUGUACAGCAGCACGGUGUGGACGGUGGGCGUGGCCCGCGAGUCCGUGCCCCGCAAGGGCGUCAUCAAGGCGCUGCCCGCCAACGGCUUCUGGACGCUGUCGCUGUCCUACGGCGUCCAGUACAUGGCGGGAACGUCCCCGCCCACCGUGCUCUCGCUGGAGGAGCCGCUGGCCAGGAUCGGCGUCUACCUGGACUACAAGCGCGGCCUCGUGUCCUUCUACAACGCCGAGAGCAUGACGCACCUGUACACCUUCCACGAGACCUUCGGCGAGACGCUCUACCCCUACUUCAACCUGGGCUUCCUGGACAAGGUGCACGAGAACGAGCCGCUCAAGGUGUUCCUGCCCAAGAUCUGAUCCGCCUCCGCCAGCCCCCCUCUCAAGGUGUUCCUGCCCAAGAUCUGAUCGCCAGCCCACCCUCUCGUCAGCAUCUGGCAGCUGUCAGGGACAGUCAGGUGCUUCAGCCCAGGUGGCAUCAAAUAAUCCUGUUCAAUGUGUAUUUAAAGAGAGAAAGAGCCUUUGGAAAAAAAAUCAUUUUGUACUGGGAAUACAAGAACAAGCCUUGCGGUGCAAAAGGUAGAGUCGGCGCAAUUCGAUUGUUUCAAACGGAAUGAAUAACGAAUGCACAGAGCAAGUCAUUUUGGAUGAUUUUUGUGGAUUCGCAGGCUGUCUCAUUGAGCCAUCCAGACUGAUCACAAAUCAGGCAAUAGUCCUGUAGAAUGCUGACUGAUCACAUAUCAGGCAAUAGUCCUGUAUAAUGCUGACUGAUCACAUAUCAGGCAAUAGUCCUGUAUAAUGCUGACUGAUCACAUAUCAGGCAAUAGUCCUGUAGAAUGCUGACUGAUCACAUAUCAGGCAAUAGUCCUGUAGAAUGCUGACUGAUCACAUAUCAGGCAAUAGUUCUGUAGAAUAAUGAGCUGAGAUGGUAGUUUCCACAUUAGGACAAAAGGCUGUAUGGAGGCUGAUCACCUGAAAUAUUAUUGUCUUUUUCUUUAUUACUAUACAAGGGGGCACUCUGCAGGCAGGUGUCCUUCAUGGUGAGAGUGGAGAUGGGAGGGGAGGCAUCAUAACAUAAUGUACACAUGUGUGUGGAAAUAUCACAGGGACAGGUGACUAUAGGGUGACCAUCAGGUAGCUGCUAUCUGAAUGCUAGUUUGGAUCUACUGUGGGGCACUUUUCAAAUGGUCUGCAAAUGUCUACAUUUUACAUCAAAAUCAACUCCUUCACCCUGAAAGCACACACACUUGUGAAAGCACACACACACUUGUGAAAGCACACACACGUGUGCUGUGUGCAGCAGUGUAGGAGUCAAGCCCAAUGCUACACCCAACUAAUCCGGAGAAAGAGCCUUCACCGUAUCUAUGCACAGCAGUAGGCAAGAUGGAGGUAGCGGGAUGUGUGAAGAUAUCAGGGGGGAGGAAGACUGUAGGCAACAAAGACAUAUUAAGAUCUCAGAAAUAUAUGGUUCUAAGAGUUGACUGAGAUCAUUGUUUUUCAUAACAUUAAAUGCAAGUAGCACAAGUUAAUGUAAUAAGUUAACGAUUAUAGGGGGAACCCCCUGAGGAACUCAAAGGACUGCUAGAUUCAGUUCUACAUGUAUAUAAAGUAUAUAAAGGUAUAUACUUUAUCUACGUAUAUAGAGUAGUUCUUGAUUGAACUCUUGUGUAGCUUUGGAUAAAUGGAACCAAAAGGACAAGUGUCACUGUACUGUAAUGAGCAUCAUUGGCCCACAGCCAGAGGAGGUGCUAGAUUGUGCUGGUGCUCUGUGUUUGGUCAACACUUCAAGCUUUUCUGACACAACAAAAUGUGACUGUGCAAUUCCCGGGUUUCAGGAUCAAAGUAAGAACCUCAGAUUCUUGUAAACAUGAUUCUGUGAGCAUGCAUUUGACUUUUUUGAUAACUAUAUAGGUUAUAUAUUUCUAAAUACAGAUGCAAAAAUAUUUCAUGUCAAUUAUGUAACAGUCCUCCUGAUUGAUUUGUACUUAUCUUCAUGGAGACAUUUGAAACUAACAAUUGUAUUUUUUUUCUUUCACUCUGAAUGCAUUUCCAAUGAUGUGGAGUACUGGGCUUUUCAAUUAAACCUGUGAAACACGUAAUCAUGAGAAACACCACAAUGUUGUAUUUCCACAUUACCAAAAUAAAUAUACAUCAGACGCA